AUGACACUACUUUUUCCAGAAUUCCAAACUGGAGUUGCACUUGCUUCAGAUGAAGAUAAGGAUAAAACAAACAACAUUGUUGCGAUGGCUAUGGAGUUUGAAGCCAAGCACAGAGAAUGUGUCCGUGUUUUAACCUACACAUAUAAUGGUCAUGUCAAGGUUAAGUUGUAUGUGCUUUCUGGAAAGACUGGCAUACCUGAAGCAUUAAAAGCUGCUGCUCAAGAUUAUUUUAAGGAGAUGAAUGUGAAACUCGAAUGGUUAGAUCUCUACAGGGAUGCAGAUGAAAUUCUCAAGAUUAGACCUCUUGAGUAUCCAUCUGGUAAGCGAAAGGCGUUGAAUGACUCUCAGGUGGAUGACAUUAACAAAGUUAUUUCUGAAAAUCUCCAUGUUCUUGUCAGGCAUCGUAACAUCACUGCUGUGCAACCCUCACUUAAAAUCAAAGAUUCUAAGCAGACGGAAACCCCUUGUAUCACAUUGUAUGUUCUAUCUAAAGGUGUCAUCCCAGAUCGUGAAGGUCCCUUCCCACUCAAACUUGGUUCUUACCUAGUGGAUGUUGUGGACGGAAUGUGGUUCAGAACUGAUGAUCCUUGGCUGCCAAAUGAAGCACAGGAACAAAAUGAUGUACUUUGUUUGGGAGCAAGUAUUGGUGUACAAGGAGAGGAUGCAGCCGGGACCUUAGGCGCCAUCGUGAAAGGUGGUGAAACCUUUUAUGCACUGUCCUGCGAUCAUGUUAUGAGACAUAGUACAGAGCUAGAGAUAAUUCAUCCUGCACAGAAUGAUCAUUUGAAUUAUCUAAAUUACCAUUUACAACAGUAUGGAAUGCGGAUUAAGCACAUCAUUGACAAGGAAAGUUGCCACAUACUGGCAAACCAGUUCUCAUUUGGCCAUAUUGCGGGGCUGGAAGAAUUGUCAAAUAAAUUUCAAGAGCUAAGAGGGAUCAAAGAAACCCACCUACACCAUGCAAGGGCGACAAAGAGGAAAUUAGAGGCUGUAAAGCUGCAUGAAGAAGCUUUUGAGAGAGGUUUGACACCACCCAGGGUCAUAGCAAAAUACUCUGUUGGCAUCUCCAAAAAUGUGCCUUGGAAUGAUGGUCAACAAUACUACGUUGAUGCUGCCCUGGCUGAGUUGACUCCAGAGGAAGUUGAUAGUUUAAGACAGAGUCAAACGGCUGAAAUGAUUGAAACAGGAGAUCACCUAAGUGGGGAAUUUAGUUCAAUACGAAAAGCCAGGGGGGAACUGUGCAAGAGCGGCCGAACCACAGGAUUCACUAGGUCUGGUUGUCAUGUGGAACCAUCUAUUUUUCUCCGUGCAAACUUUGGCAGAGUGAAUGACCAAAAUGACUCUUUGUUCAGUAUUCGUAAAAAUGUCAGACUGUGUCAAAGUUGUGGGGAAAGAUCUGGAAUUGGAGCGCAAUUGGAGUCUACUGCCGCUCCUUGUGACUCUUGUGAAAUAGACACACCCACUCUACGUGACAGUCUUUGGUUCAAGAACUGCUUAUGCAUAGACAAUGAGUCUCAUGUUGGUGAGGCAAAAGUUUUUGCCACUGAAGGAGAUUCUGGAGCAGUACUCUUUGAAAGAAAUAAAGAUGGAAAUCUUCAAGCUUUUGGCAUUAUUUUUGCCGAGCUUCGAUGUUCAUAUAAACUAAUGACUUUAGCCACACCAGUGCAAAUUGCUCUUGAACGCUUAUCCAGAAAGAUUUCCAAGAAUACCAACUUAACACUGCUUUCAAACUAUGAGUGACUACGGAUGCAAAUUGAAACUUUAAUUGAUGUAGAUAUGCUUAUUGUUGAUCAAGGUUUGCACUCAUGGAUGUUUUUUUUUUCAGUGGGAGAGGGGAGGUUAUACCUUUCAAAUGCUAAUGACAAAUGCCGUCCCCACAGCUGUUUAUAUAUAUAUAUAUAUAUAUAUAUAUAUAUAUAUAUUAUGAGAGGAAAAAAGGACGCAACUACAUUUCCCGACAAGCCUGUUUCGUGAAUCGCUUCACUCUUCAGGGGUUUAAUGAAAGAAUAUUCAUGUGACUAUCGUUUAUAUACUAGGAAAAUUUACAUAAUACGCGGUAAACCUAAAAACUUUAAAGCUCAGCUGUUGCGUAGCAACGCUUUGUUUCUGUGUCGGCAUGAAGAUACGAGUUCGUUACGCUUAUUUAGUGAUGAGAGGUCGGGUCGGUAAAUUAUCAGGAAUUUUUCUUUUAGGCAGAGGUUGCAUCUUUUACUGGAGCUGUUGUAGGGAGAGUUAGAUGAUAAGACGCGCCAUGAAAUAGAAUAGUCAAUGUUGUCGUUCUUGAGUGUCCAGAUGUGUUUGCUAAGUUCGGUAGAGUUUUUGUGCUUGGCGUGGCGGAAUGAUGCGGUGUGAUUUCUGUGUCUUGUUUUGAAGUCGGUUUCUGUGAGUCCAAUGUAUGUUUCAGAGGUGUUGUUGUUCCGUCACACGGGUUUAUUCGGGUUUUCCUUCUAGUAAGUAGAAAAAAAUGUAUAAAAGCCACAGUAGUUUUUGGAAUAGGUUUUGCUUGUUACUCGCUUUCAUUGUACACCUGCACGUCGGUACUUUUGUUGACCAUUAUUAGUGAAAUUUUAGGUAAAAAUACGUGUUAAUGGUCUUUCUGGAAAAAUUGUUUCUCAUGGUAGUUAGCAGCUGAGUUUAUACUCGUAAUUUUUAAUUUCUAACAUGCAAUAGUUUCCCACACCAACCCUGCUUAGAUAAGCAGAAAUUUUUAAUUGCUUUUCCACUUUUAUUUCCUAAGCUGCUCCAUAUCAGAACUGUGAAAUCUUACCCUAAGUUUCCUAUUUUAGUGGCCUACAGUUUAUUGUAUUCGUCCUUUUAAUUUUGAAAUUCUUUUCGUCGUACAAAUAGAUGGAAUAUUUAAGUAGCUUUCGUUUAACUUCAGAGACAUUUUCCGCUUCUUCGUGUCCUUAUUCAAAUAUUGUAAUUUGUGUAACAAUAGCACCUCACACCAGUUAGUUCUUGAGCAAGUACCUUGAACAGCAUUUACGAUUACAAGUUAGCUUUGACUCUGGCAUGAUGUAUGUUAGAGUGCUCUAUGAAUAAAAGUCCACUGUGGAACCAAAUUGCUGCCUUAUCCCUGACGUCCGUAAAAGCUCAUUUGAAGUAGGUCACCGUGUACCAGGAAAUCGUGACGAGUUUCCGUUCUCGUGAGCCGAGUGUCUCUACCGUGCUAUUUUCCCGCUCGUCAUUGUACGUUUCCCGCGAAGUCCAGUUUAGUGCGCGAAAACCUAUCGUCACAUCUCGGAAGAGGAAAACGCUAUGUUGAACGAUAAUCGUCAUUUUACUUGGUUGACAGGUUACGUGGUUUUUUUGUGAAAGUACAUUUCAGUUUUCGAGAAAUGAUUUUUUUCCUUCGACCGCUCAAAUAUGCAAAUUUUCACCAUGAAUAUUACCCGAGUUGUGUGACCUCAUGUAGUGAAUUUACUUGACCUCCGGUAUUUCUGUCAACAUAAUCAUUUGUUUUAUCAUCUAAACUUAGUCCCCUGUCAUUAUUGAAGCUGGCAAAGAAAUAUUUAUUUUUUAGUGAAUAUUUUUGUCCGACAUACUUUUCUAUGUCGGAAAUUAGCACCAAAACAAAGAAAGUUUUAACAAUGACCGAUGUGACAGAAUCUACUGAGCUUCUAGCUUUUAAAAGACAAAAGGAUGGUUAUAAAAUUACUGUGAAAAAUUUCCUGUGUAUUUGUGUUGUUCUAUCGUGAGACGAACUCAAAGUCCGGCAAAAUUUACUUGCUAGCGACUAUGAAAUAUACAUGGUGUGCCUACUUGUCGCCACCGUUUACUGGCAUAAAUCACUACAAUUUGUAAAAAAUCUAACAUAACACGCUUACCUUGUUUAUUUAUGAUUUUAUUAGCUGUUUCGAUGAUCAAGUUAUGCUCUACCACAUUUUAGCCAGAUUUAAGUGGCAGUUUAUAAAUCUUCUCCACAUUAUUAUAUUAGUUGCAUGAAAAGCGUGACACAUAAAUUCAAAGAUGAAUCAACCUCCGAAUUACCAAGAGAUGGUUUUUUUUCCCUCUUUGUAUAUCAAUAAAAACCUUCCAAGAAUUACUGUAUUCAGAAAACUAAAAAAUGUCCAGAUCCAUAAAUGAUUCUUAAUUGAUCUGUAUGUAAGCGUCUCAUCUUACAUGCUGACAUGGAGAUUUGCUGUUCACUUAAAUCGUUCGCUGGUGGGACUUUUGGGUAUAGUUAUCGAGAAGACCGACGUUGCAUAUCUCAGGUCGUUCCUUUGCGUAAUUGUAAAAAAGACAUUUCAAGUUACUUGCGGAGAUCCAGAAACUGAAGUUGAUCUUAUUUUGUCGCGUACCGGCAUCUUCAAGACGCCAAAAGAUAUCGAUGAUUUUAAAAUUUGCCCCACUUGUAGAUCAAAUCUCGGUUGCGGGGUUGGGUGGAGUCGUGGUUCCAUUAGUAGAUGUAAAGUGCCUAGAGAAGUGUACGGUCAUGGUAAAGGUAGGGUUAUAAUACGCAAGACGUCUGGAAAAUUCAUAUAACCUGGCUUUAUACCACCUUAUGCAAAAUUGCGCGUCCCGUCAGACUUAGUUCUCGAUUGGGAAUUGUUCAAUAGGCUACCAAAGAUCCAGACAGAGGCGGAGUUUUCUACACUAAUGUCUGAACACUUUGUAGGCUUCCCGCCGUCUGGCGGGACGUGUAAUUAUGCACACAGUGGUAAAGGGCCCUUCCGCACUUACUAUUAGACGCUGAUAAAACUUUUUUCUCUUCCCUGAAAAUCACAUCAAAAUUUGUCCUUGCUAAAUUUCAAGUGUGCUACACGUAUCAGCACCCCCCGGGGAGCCCCUAUACAUAAGAGGACGGGGAUGCGCGCCAGGAAUUUCGAAAAUGUACCCGAGUCUCAUCCGUGUGGGAGUGGCAACAACUGAUAUCUACCCCUAAAAAGCACCAAUUUAAACACAAAAUAUUGGAAAAUCCCAAAAAUAAAGACUCCUUUAGCGAUGUGCUCCAGAGGCUCAAGCCAGAUGAUGAAAAUCGUUCUAGUAAUGCUUAUUUCAGGUAUUUUAUUGAGCGAAAAACACCCUAAAAGGUACUAGCUAGGUCUCUGGUAGUCCACUAAAGAGACACCGCAAAAGGUACUAGAUCGCUGAUUUUGACCUCUGACAGGUACGACAAGCACCCUCACCCAUUUCCGAUCGCCGACCAGGUAUGACUGAAAAUGGCACCUCGCUUUGAUAAGAAUCAUUUUGUUGUUGCUUCUUACUUCCUGAAAUUAUCACUUGAGAUUCGCUCGGUAAUAUAAAACAAAAAACAAAACAAAAAAACGCGAGUAAUACCUAUAUAUCCAAAUUCUUUCAUCACAUAAAAAGUUACAGGACCUGAUAGCAUCUUAGGGACGGACCAUUAGAUUUGUGAUUGGAAGGGGGGAGGGUGUUGGGCAAUAACCCCCCAAAAAAUGAACCACAGUGAACCACAGUGAGAACUGCUGGUUCUACCAGUAAUUGUGUUAUCCAAUAAAGUCAUUAUCAUUAUUAUUAUUAUUAUUAUUAUUAUUAUUAUUAUUAUUAUUAUUAUUAUAAAUCGAGCACAGCCUUAAUGGAAGAAAAAACAUCGUGCAAUUGGAAAAAGUCCCCCCAACUACAAAAAUCUAAUGGUCCUUCCCUAAGGUACCUUUUACAUAAUUCCAAAAUAGGUUUCGUUCCGGUGUCCUAUAGCGGAUUUGGACCCCCUUCCGCAGAUUUGGACCCCCCAACAGAACUUAGUGAAAACAUCAUCCUUAACGUUCUUGUAGAAAUAGCUAAAACUUUUCGUUUCAGUGCGUACUAAAGUAUCUUUUUGACUCGAAAUAUGCAUAUCGCCGAUGCAUACGAACUGGCAGCUAGAAAUGACCCGUCGGAUGUUUCUUUUGACCGAGGGAAAAUGUGCAAGCAUUUAUUUCAAUGUUCGGAUAAAGGUCGUUUUUGAACCUUUUCCGCGAUUGUCGAACACCGCUAGAUUCAGUAAGAGACAAACUUACGACACUAAUUUAUUUUGUUAUUGUAAAAUGCCCAAGUGCUGAGACAACAUGGUACAGUGCGAGUUCGUUAUUUCAGGUCCCUCAACAGUUGAUAAUCGUUAAAAUUAGAAAAUAAGAUUGAGUUCGAUGAAAUAGUCUCAACUUUUGUUAAGACGUAGACAUUAAUGUUGAUUUGCAUUUGAGAAUAAGCUGAGAGUUCCAAUAGCUCAGAUCAGAAACAUUUUUUCUUAUCAUAGGCUUUACGAACGACUUGUAGUAGGAGUUGUUGCUUCGUUCUUGUUCAAAAACUGUUAAUGUUAUUCAAUUAGAAAAUCAGACUGAGUUAUCUUUGUGACUGGACGCAAUAGUCACCACUAUUGUUAUGACGUUUCGUAUCAAUGUUGAUUCGCAUCAGAAGAAGCAAAGAUUUAUUGUUACCAUUUGUUCGAAUGCAUUAGUUUGUUCGCAUCGAAUUCUUGUGUAUACUGUACGACUCGCUAUAAUAAAUGCGGCAGGAUUAGAACGAAAUGGAUGUUUUUCUUUUCCUUUAUUGAGGAAUGUUGUGUUGUAAUGGAAAAGAACAUCGACAAAAAGCUCGCAAAUAGAGUUAGUUUCCAAAUAUGAUACAAACGAUGCUUAAAAGGAAAGUUUGGUAGGAGGGUCCAAAUCUGCGAAGGGAAGUCCAUAUCUGCUAGCGGAUUUGGACCGGGGGUCACAAAAUUCACAAGAAUUUUUUUACAGUAACUUCAUAACCAUCCUUUUGUCUUUUAAAAGCUAGAAGCUCAGUAGAUUCUGUCAUAUCAGCCAUUGUCAAAACUGUCUUUGUUUUGGUGCUACUUUUCGACAUAGAAAAAGUAUGUCGGACAAAAAUAUUCACCAAAAAAUAAACAUUUCUUUGCCAGCUUCAAUAGUGACAAGGGAUUAAGUUUAGAUGAUAAAAAAACAAACAUGUUGACAGAAAUACCGGAGGUCAAGUAAAUUCGUUACAUAGGUAAUAGUCGCGGUGAAAAUUUGCAUAUUUGAGCGGUCGAACGAAAAAAAUCAUUUCUCGAAAACUAAAAUAUAUUUUCACAAAAAAACUACACCAUAAUUAUCAGGACAUAUUGGGCUACAAAAAUUUUAAGUAGGAGUGAAAGCAAAUUUUGGGUGACUUUCCGCUGUUUGUCUGAUGCAUGCAUGUUGAUAUUAGCUCUUGAUAUCUGUUUCAUUAUGUAUUUGAUAUUAAUCGUGGGUUUUCUACCACCAUUGAUAAUUGUUUACCUUUUCAAAGACUAUUAUUUGUGGUUAUCAUUAUGUCAUACUUUUUGGUUAAGUUGAAGAUUAUCUUAUCAAGGGGGUAUUUUCUGUAGUAUUUUAAUUUUUUUACUAUUUUAUGUUUAUUAUCAUGGAAGCUACAAAAUUCUUGUAUUGGAUCAUAACCAUCUAUUUGUUCACAAUUAAUGCAAACAAUCUCAUGAUCUCUGUUUCCCUGGCAAUGUUCAUCACAACAUUCUAUGUUUUUAACAGAUUGUUCUUUUAUUUGCUUACAACAAAAAGGGCAUACUAUAUCAUCCAAUUCAUCAUGUUUUAUUUUAUUACAAUACAUUACUAUAUAAUAUCAUGUAAAUAUUUCUUUAUGCAUUAUUCUUGGCCUCUUUAAGUCCUCUCUUAUAUUGUCUAAUACCUGUUUCGCUUCUGUCUGUAAAAAUAUCUUAUAUUACCUUGGUCAUCAUAAUAAAAUGCAUUAUUUUCCAAUUUCCUAUCGUCAAUAAAACUACUAUGAUAACUCUCACCACUAUCUGAGUAAUCUUCUUGACUAUCACACACAUAAUCAUCAUCUUGGCUGCUAUGAUAACUAGUAUCAUCUGAGUAUUUUUCUUGAAAAUCCAUGUAUACUAUUACAUUAGAUAAAAAGAACUUCCUAACCCACAAAAUACCUACAUGAACAUAAAAAAGUAGAGUUACCACUACAGGUGCUGUGGACGUUCAUCAUUUGUCCUGAAUAUCAUUAUUUUUUGCCUAUGAUGGCUCUUAAUAAAUGCAUGAAUUUUUGGCUUUACAGCACCUGUAAUAUCAAAAUGUGAAGGUUAACUAGAUGUAUAUCUGCCUGUAAUUGGGCUUCACUUUUUCAAUGAAACUUGAUUGCUUUGUUUUAAUAUAGAUUAUUUCCAUUGCCUAAUGUUAAUGACAAAACUGUGACAACAGUGUGUCACUUCAUAUACAGCUAUGAAAGUGUUUUAUAUCUAUGCAACAAGAUUGAAUGGUCAUCUGGGAAUUUGCACUUUUAAUAGUUUCCAAAAAAUCUACAACACUUUUUCUUGUUUGUAAAGCUAGGACUUGAAGUAAAUGCUUUUCCACCUGUUAAUCAUUUUACAUCGAUUUUCUUUUGAUGUCGCAUAGUUUGAGUUUAGAAUUUUUUUUCAAAAAAUUAAUGUAGCUUUUAAAUUACUCUGUUUCCACAUCUUUACUUAAGAAGUAUAAAAAGGAAUGAAAAGACGUUUCCUUGUUACUUUCAGUUAUUUAUAUCCAGGGAUAGUUUGAGCCUCUGGCUUGGACACCUUAGGUAACCUAGUCCCAUGAAUGGACAAUGAAACGUAUUGUAUUGUAUUGUAUUGUAUGAUUACCCACCCUGGUGAAGUUAUAAUCUUGCACUUUAUAUUUGAAACUCUUGUAUUUUAACCUUUGUUUAUUACCAGCAGAAUGAAUCAGACCAAUAGAUACAAUUUGAUCUGACUUCCAUAACAAUAGGAAAAGUAAUUUUAACUAAUACUUAAAUUUUAAACUGGAUCUGACUCCAGCAUAAUAUUAGAAAAACAAAAUAAGAUCUUAUGUGUUAAUACCUGAAACAAGUGUUUUCAUCAAGAGAUAUUACAUCUGCAAACAUCUUCAUAAACACAAUGUAUUAACCCUUUAACUCCCAAGAUCUCAUCGGUAAUUCUCCUUAUUGUCUGCCAUAUAGUUCUUGUGAUGUUAGUUUGGAGAAUUUGAUAUUGGAUCAACUAAGAAUCCCCUAAUAUUGAUAUUAUAUUGAUAUUGUAAGGAGAAAUUCUGUUUUGGUCACUCAUGGGAGUUAAAGGGUUAAAAAGUAAAGUGUCAAUGUUAUACUGAUGUGACAGCAAAGACCUUAAGAAAAGUAAUUGCUGGGCCAAGGUGUUGUAAUUGAUAGAUAUCAAAUCUGCACACAUCUAAUUUGUAAACACAACUUAUCAAAAUCUUAUAUAUCUGAAACAAAUAGUGUCAGUGUCAUAUGUGACUGCAAAGUUCUCAAGAAACAGAAAUUUCUGUGCCUAGGUGUUGUCAUCCAUAGAUGUUACAACUGCACACAUCUACUUUGUAAAUUUAUACAACAGUGCCAGUGCAACUUUCACUAUAUUCCAGUUCAUAGUCAGUAUCAAGCUCAUUUACGAUUGUAGGUAAUUCUGUCUGUAUUAAAUAGGACUGUCUGGCUAAUUGAGACAAACUUGAAUACCACUGAUUUCCAAUAUUCAUUAUUAGAAUGAGGUCAUUUGCUGAAAUGAUUCCUUGUUUGGUGUUAUAAAUCAAGCAGUACAAACUCAUUGCAACACAUUGUUGUCCACCAUUUUUUCCAAAAAACCAAUUCAUUACCUUGGCUAUAUGGUGCUGGUACUGUUUUGCUGAGAUCAACAUACAGUGGGCGAGCGCCAGGGUUCUAUAAUAUAACUAUGGUUUUGCUACAUGGGCUUGACUCUUGUAAAGAAACAUAACUUUGUUACAACAAAACAGUGAGCAAUACAGUCUACUUCAAGAUUUUAAAUUUAUUAAACUUUUACGUAUUUUCUCAAAGGAUUUAAGCUUACGAUUCCUAACCUUAAUAUAACAAUGCAUUUCGAAGAUUUAGUGUACUCGAACAAAUACAUUAGAAAACAAAUUCUCUAACCUUUGUGCUCUUGUUCCUGAGACAUUGUAGAGUUCGUGCUGGAAUACUAUUUGGUUUACCAUCACGUCUUAAAAUAGGAUGACGCUUCUGAAGAUGCUUUUUAUAAAGGUUAAGAUUUGAUAGCUCAUUUUGUAUAACAUGAUUCCCGAUAGGUUAACUAAAAUGUUCGCUCGUAAAUUGAUCUUUCGUACGGCAUGCGGACCGAUCCGUUCCAAAUAUACUCAACUUCUUUUCGUGUGGGUCUACGGCGAACGGCGUGUUCGUUUCUGUGUAAUUUCAGCUCCUUUGAAGUCAUGGAAUCCUUCCUAUGACCUUUCAAACAACAACUUCUCCUUACUAUGUUCUCAGUUGCCCUAUUCUACGCAUGCGCCGAAGUGCUCAUUCUUUGAACAAUAAGGUCUUGAAACGACAAUUUGUUGCCCUGUCAUUUCUUCCCUUAUGUUAUCUAUUUGAGGGGCUUUCCCCUGAUUCGUUGUGAGCCCAAACGAAUUUGCCUGCUUGACGACACUCAAAAUACACAGAUCGUAGUUCGAUGUAGUUCGAAGGAAAAAAUUCUAAAGGUAAGACGCUUCAUUCUACAUUUUCUCUGCAUUAGCUAAUCUCCAACUCUUCAUUGAAAUUUUUACUGAAGAUCUGUUGAAGUCAUGAUAGCUUUUGUGACUGAGAAAUCUAUCGAAUGAGUGCAAUUUAAGUCACAGGCGGCUCAAGCUUACGUCUCUAAAAGAAGUCAACAAUUAAUUCAUGACAGCGUCACGCGUUGUAUGACUAAGUGCAAGUUAGGAACCGUUGAAAAUUUGAACACGUUAUAGGGAAUAAUUUGGGGAACGAAAUAUGGUCGAUUCAAAACUAUAAAUAUUUCGAAAUAUGAACAUUUCACACUUUAAAUCAGUCAUCAUCAAAGUAAACGGUCAGAUAACAAGCAAUACGCUGUGGAAGUAAGGUGAGGCAUUUCUUUUGAGAAUUUGACGUAUUUCUUUAUUCCUUGGAGCGGUCGUAAAUAUUCCCAAACAAAUUAUUAUAAUUCCGCCAUGACUGUUAUUGCGCAAGAUGAUCAUGUCACAACUGGAGCUUGGGCUGCCUGUGACUAGACACGGCCGCGAAGGAGACUUGGGUACGAGGUCAAUUUUCUCUCUACCGCGAGUGGUACGAUCGAUUAAUGUUCAAUACUUACCCUAUCCCCAAAGAGACACCUCACCUUAAUCUAUUGUCCUGAUCAACCAAUCAGACAGCGAGGUUAAACUAAAACAGAUAACCAAUGGACAAAACCAGCGGGGUUUGUUUUGUGAUCAUUAAAGCUUGGAUUAUUUUUUUGAAAAUUUGCCAUUCUUUCCAUUUUUUUAUGAUUUGCUUUGCGGUCAAUUUCAACGCAUCUCUUCCCCUCCGAUAGCAUUUUAGCAACAAUUUUCUGUUCUGUUUAUUGCUCUUCCGCAGCUGUUUGAUGGUACUUGAUACUUUUGGAUUGAGCUGAAAGUCUUUUAUCAUGUGGUUUUGAUUGAUUUCCAAUUAUUUUUAAUUAUAAUAUGAAUGACUCAAAUAAAUGGUCUUGAUUUGUAUUUUGUUUAUGAAUCAUUUGUUUCCUGCCUACAUCUACAGAACAGCAACAACUGUUACUACUGUGUCUUUUUUCAUCCUCAUGGGUGAAUAAGUUAUGUUAACUGGGAUAAGUUCCACAAAUGUGGAAAACUUGACCUGUUCUGAGACACUGUCUAACCUUUAAAUGAUAUUACUUUUUCCAGAAUUCCAAACUGGAGUUGUGCUUGCCUCAGAUAAAGAUUUUGCAGGAAGCCUUCUCUCACCCUUGGCUGCUGAGCAUAACACAAACAACAUUGUUGUUAUGGCUAUGGAGUUUGAAGCCAAGCACAGAGAAUGUGUCCGUGUUCUAACAUAUACAAAUAAUGACCAUGUCAAGGUUAAGUUGUAUGUGUUUUCUGGAAAGUCUGGUAUACCUGAAACAUUAAAAGCUGCUGCUCAAGAUUUCUUUAAGGAGAUGGAUGUGAAACUUGAGUGGUUUGAUCUUUACAGGGAUGCAGAUGAAAUUCUGAAGAUAAGAUCUCUUGAGUAUUCAUUUGGUAUGCAGCAGGCAUUGAAUGACUCUCAAGUGAAUGAAAUGAACAAAAUUAUAUCUGAAAAUCUCCAUGUUCUUGUCAGGCAUCGUAACAUCACUGCUGUGCAACCCUCACUUAAAAUCACAAAUUCUAUGCAGAUGGGAACCCCUUGUAUCACAUUGUAUGUUCUAUGUAAAGGUGUUAUCCCAGAUGGUGAAUGUCCCUUCCCACUCAAACUUGGUUCUUACCCAGUGGAUGUUGUGGACGGAAUAUGGUUCAGAACUUAUGAUCCUUGGCUGCCAAAUAAAUCACAGGAACAAGAUGAGGUACUUUGUUUGGGAGCAAGUAUUGGUGUCCAAGGACAGGAUGCAGCUGGGACCUUAGGUGCCAUUGUGAAAGAUGAUGAAACCUUCUAUGUACUGUCUUGUGAUCAUGUUAUGAAACAUGGUACAAAGUCAGAGAUAAUUCAUCCCGCACUGAAAGAUCAUUUGAAUUAUCUAAAUUACCAUUUACAACAGUAUGGAUUGUGGAUUAGGCACAUCAUUGACAAGGAAAGUUGCCACAUACUGGCAAAUCAGUUCUCAUUUGGCCAUAUUCCAGGGUUGAAAGAAUUGUUUAAUAAAUUUCAAGAGCUAAAAGGGAUUAAAGAAAACCACCAACACCAUGCUAGGGUGACAAAGAGGAAAUUAGAGGCUGUAGAGAUGCAUGAAAGAGCUUUUGAGAAAGGUUUGACACCACCCAGAGUCAUAGCCAGAUACUCUGUUGGUAUCUCUGGUAAUGUGACCUGGAAUGAUGGUCAGUAUUACUACAUUGAUGCUGCCUUGGCUGAGUUGACUCCAGAAGAAGUUGAUAGUUUAAGACAGAGUCAAACAGCUGAAAUGAUUGGAACAGGAGAUCACCUAAGUGGGGAAUGCAGUUCAAGACUAAAAGCCAGGGGGGAACUGUGCAAGAGUGGCCGAACCACAGGAUUCACAAAGUCUGGUCAUCAUGUGCAACCAUCAAUGUUUCUCAGUGCUUCCGUAUAUGAAGUGAAUGCCCAAAAUGAGGGUUUGGUCAGUGUGUUGAAACGUGUCAGACUCUGUCAAAGUUGUAAGGAAAAAUCUGGAAUUGGAGAGCAAUUGGUGUCUACUGCCACUGCUUGUGACUCUUGUAAAAAAGACACAGCCACUUUAUGUAAAAGUCUUUGGUUAAAGAACUGCUUAUGUAUAGAUCAUCCAUUUGGUCAUGGUUAUGCAAAAGUGUUUGCAACUGAAGGAGAUUCUGGAGCAGUACUCUUUGAAAGAGAUGAAGCUAGAAAUCUUGAAGCUUUUGGCAUUAUCUUUGGCGAGCAUCGAAAUUCAUAUAAACUUUGUGCUUUAGCCACACCAAUGCAAAUUGCUCUUGAAAGCUUAUCCAGAAAGAUCUCCAAGGAC